AUGACUCCCCCCGCGAGCUGGUCCAUGCCCAGCGCGGGGGGGGAUUCGGGGGGAAUUGGCGGAGGCGGAAUCGGCGGAGACGCCCCUGGCGGAGAUAAAAUGGGUGGCAUUGGCGGAGAUAGUAACAGGCUUGGCGGGGAACACGGCAGCAGCGGUAAUGGAAACAGCGGCCGCCGCAACGGGCUGGAGCCGCCUUUAAGCUCCCGCCAUUCUAGGUCAGCCGCGUCUAGCCCCCGGGUAAUGGAUUCUGUUUUCGGGCUUGGGAAGGAGAGCAGCCUGAGUGGAUGGCGCGCGUCUUUCGAGGAAGGCGCGGCGGAGUCUUACGUGGCGAAGUCUCGCCGCGAGUUUCCCGAAGGUUCGGCCGAAAGGGAUCUGUGGGGGCCGCCCCGCGGGGGGAGCGGAACCAGGGGCGGAGGGGGAAGCGCGGGGGUUCCUCUCACCUUCUCCGUCUCCCCGCGCGGCUCGCCGCUCGGGUCGCCGCUGCGGCCCGAGAAGCGGCUGGUGUCUUAUGCGUCGCUAGACCCCCCUAGCUCAUUUAAGAGCCGGGGAGGUAAGGACGGUCUAGACUGGCUGGAGGAGAUUAAAAAGGGAGGGGGAGGAAGGGGCGGUGAUGGCGGAAGUGGCGGAACUGGCGGAGGUGGCGGAGGAAGCAGUAGAGGCAGUGGGGGCGGCAGGGGAGGGGAACUGCGGACGAACGGGGGAGAGGCUGGGGGGGAGAGCAGGCGGGGUGCUCUUGCCUCCGCAAGUGGCGGCGCUGGCGGUGGUGGCAGCUUCGGGCGAAUCGGGGGAAGCGGAGGAGGGGGAGGCGGAGGGUUCGGGGGAGCAGGCGCUGGUCCGCGGGGCGCAAGCGCACAUGCCAUGGGCGGCGCAGGCCUCCCUUUCCCCUCGCGUCCCCGUAGCUCCCCUUUAGGAAACAAGCUCAUGUCGUAUUCGUCCCUGGACCGCCCCUAUAGGCCCGAGGGGGGGGCAGGCGGGGAGGGGGACGCGGGGAACUUGAGCUGGCGCCAGCUGGUGGCGCAACUGAAAGAGGGGGAGGAGCUGAAGGAGGGGGGAGAGGGGGAGGAGGGGAGCGACCGGGAGGAACGAGAGCGCAGGGGCAGGGCCGGUAGUAGCACCCGUGUUGGUGCUGGUGGGGAUCGAAAAAGCACCGCUGGUGCGGCUUCUGCUGCUCCUGCUGCUGCUGCUGCUGGCGGGGGUGGUGGUCACAGCAGCAGCAGCACUGGCGGCGGCGGUGGCGGUGGUAGUGGUGGCGGCGGCGGCGGUGCCGCUGCUGCUGCUGCUGCUGCUGCUGGUGGCACAGCAGUGGCAGCGGUUAGUGCUCGCCCGAAGCCCAGGCACAGGCGAGGAGCGUCGUUCCAUUCCCUCUCUCUCCUCGACUCCUCUAGCGGUGACGCGACCUUCAACUCGCUGCAGCAGCAGCCUGCUAUGGGGACAGCUCGUAACGCGGAUCGUUUUGGCAGUGCUGCAGGUGCCAGUGGCAGCAGUAGGCUAUCCGGUGGUGGUGGUGGUGCUUCUGCUGCUGCUGCUGCUGUUGCUGCCUCCGGUGCUGGUUCUGCCUGUCCCAAGCCAAGACACAGGCGGGGAUCCUCGCUCCACUCCUUUCCCCCUCUUGACACCACAAGCAGUGAAGCUAUUUUCGACUCGAUCCAACGGGCAGCUGAAAAAGAAGCAAGUCAUUCCGGCGACCUUUACUCCCCAGUCAGCACCAGGCCGGCUACUGCCGCAAAUAUUCCCGGGCAGUUUGACGGGUAUUGGGGCAGCGAAGACACGGAUACCGGGUCAUUUAAUGAAAGAGAGGAAUUACCCAAAGGAAGGCUGCAUAGGCCGUAUCAGGGUUCUGCUAAUAUUAGUGAGCUGCUGGGUUCGAGGAUCAGCAGAGCACGGGAGAGGUCUCAGCCUAGGUCGAAAGAGAGAACGGGGGAGAGAGAUGCUGGGAGGAGGGAGAGGACAGGCGAGAGGCGAGGGGAGGGGAAGGGGGUAGUGGGUGAGGUGGUAAAAGGGGAGUCAGAGCACGACGGGCAGCCACAGCAGCAACAGCAGCAGCAUCAGCAGCAGCAGCAGGAACAGCAACAGAAGCAGCAGCAGCAGGAACAGCAGCAGCAGCAGGGGAAGCUGAAAAGUCCGAGGGGCAAUUUGGGAAUUAAGGGAAUACUGCAUGCUGCUUCCUCCCGCCUCCGCUCCCUCCUCCCAGACUCCACCUCUCCCACCGGCAGCAGCAGCGGCACCACAGCAGCCGGUGCUGCCGCUGCUGCCCCUCCCAGUACCCCCCCCAGCAGCAGCAGCAGCAGCAGCCGGGUUGGCAUGCCGGGGGGAAAUAGCAGCAGCAAUGCCCUGGGGGGCAGUAGCGGCAGCAGGAGGGCGGCCUCCCAAGAGGCUCCUGCUGCUCUCGCCUCUUUCUCCCUCAAGUCUUCAGACGCUGCUGCUGGAGAGAGUGACAGGGGGAGGAGGCCGACGAGUGAAGUAGCAGGGCCCGUGGGGGGGGUUCGGGGGAGGUUUGGGAGGCGGAAGCAGAGGCAUGGUGCGGAGGAGGGGGGGGAGGAGGAGGAGGGAGGGGUGGAUAGCCGAGGGGGGAGUCCGUUGGGGAGUGGAGAAAGGGAAGGUGGUGCUGGGGGAGGUGGUAUUGGUGGCGGGGUGGGCGGCAAGGCUCGGCAUCACAAGCAGCAGCAGCAGCAGCAGCAGCAGCAGGAGGAGGAGGAGGAGGGGGAGGAGGAGGAGGAGGAGAAGCAGGGGGGAGAGGAGAAGGGGGAAGAAAGGCAGUACGGCAGCAUCCGCCCCUCAGACUACAUACUAAAGAAGCCAUACAAGGACCUGGCAGCGCGCUACGUGCUGCACAAAGAGGAGCUGGGCAGCGGCGAGUAUGGGGUCAUUCGCAAGUGCCUGGAGAUCUCCUCGGGGCAUGUGCUCGCCUGCAAGACCAUCAAGAAGGCUCGCAUCAAGAGCCCAGAAGCAGCGGACGACAUCAGAAUGGAGGUCGCUAGCAUGCUUGUAUUGAAGGGGCAUCCGUAUAUAGUCACACUGCACGAUGCAAUAGAAGAUGCAAAGUACGUCCAUCUGGUCAUGGAGUUCUGUCGGGGCGGUGACCUCUUUGAUCGCAUCACCAAGGGCGGAGUGUACUCGGAGCCUCUGGGCGCCCACCUGUGCCGCGCCAUCACGGAGGCGCUGCUGCACUGCCACCGCCACGGGGUCAUUCAUCGGGACAUCAAGCCGGAAAACAUUCUGCUACUGGAGCCCGGGAGUGACACGCGCAUCAAGCUUGUCGAUUUUGGCGUCGCCACGUUUUUCCAGGAAGGCGUUCUUCUGCACGACACCAUCGGCACGCCUGAGUACAUGGCACCGGAGGUGUGGGACGGGAGCUACGGGCCGGCCGUGGACGUGUGGAGCACGGGAGUCGUCAUGUACAUUGCCAUGUCGGGUGUGCCGCCCUUCUGGGCGGCAUCCAAGCAGUCCGUGCAAGAGGCUGUUGCCACCCGCGAGGCGAGCUUCCGGUCGGCGAAGUGGGCGCAUGUUUCUGACGAGUGCAAGCAUCUGAUUGGCCGGAUGCUGGCGAAGAAGCCUCAGGAGCGAAUAACGUGCCUUCAGAUUCUUGGGCAUCCAUGGAUACGACAGCAUUCGUCCCGCUAA